AUGUCUACCGUAUUUGUCAGUAAGCUGGCCUUCGCAAAGAUCAUUUUGCACGUUUCGAAAUACCCGCAUACUGCCGUAAACGGUGUCCUUCUUGGAGAAGUCAAAGCGGAUGGUGAAAUUCGCGUCCUCGAUGCUGUCCCCCUCUUCCAUUCUACAUUGACACUCGCUCCUAUGUUAGAGAUUGCAUUUUACCAGAUUGAAUCCUACUGUGCACUUAGGGAACUCAAAAUCUGCGGCUAUUACCAGGCAAACGAACUCCUGAAUGCAAAUUCACCCAAUCCUCUAGCCUUUAAAAUAGCCGAUAAAAUACGCGAGAAUAACAAACAGGCUUGUCUGAUGAUGGUCCGAAAUGACCGGUUGAAGCAACCAUCAAGCGCCUCGCUGUCCCUACACACCUUCCGUGAAAGCAAAUGGAAGGAAUCGAGCAAUGGUCUCCUUUUAGAGUCCUCAGCGGUGGAAUUCCUGAAGCCCUACUUGACCAGUCGUGCGUUGGCUGACUUUUCUGACUUCGAUUGUCACCUUGACAAUGUCGAACAUGACUGGAGAAAUACGCACCUCUUCUCCGAGCAGUCAGAGUGUGCUUAG